AUGACGCACGGGCAAGCUCUGGCUAAUGGGAUCCAUGCCCUUCUCGGACUCUAUAAAGGGGGUGGCCGCAGCAAGCUGGCCGUGACGCGAAGGAGCACUUCUCGGACACACAAGGGCGCGCACUCACGACGAGGGAAGCAUUAAAAUCUUGGGAACCCUAAGAGUGCGACAAAUCCCCCAGGCAAGUUCGCUGACAGCACUGCCAGGCUGGCGAUGGAAGGCGUCCCAACUUCCCCUAGAACGGAACGACGGCCGCUGCGGGCUCCAGCCCCUCUCCUGCCCUCCAGGCAGAUAGAGAAGGCGAAUACUGCUCGCACAGUGGCGGAGAAGCGGCGCGGUGCCCAGUGCAAUGGGUACGCCGCAAAGGAGCAAACCCGGCCCGAGCGGAGUGAGCCGGAGGAAAAGCCCCGCGGCCAGGAGGAGAAGAGCGCCCAGCAGGGGGACUAUUGGAAGACUGAGCGGACUCGCAGCGUGGAGGAUAACGAGCUGAACCUGCCCAGCCUGGCGGGAGCUUACUCCACCAUCCUGCGCUCGCUGGGUGAGAACCCCGAGCGCCAGGGGCUGCUCAAGACCCCCUGGAGGGCGGCGACGGCCAUGCAGUUCUUCACUAAGGGCUACCAGGAGACCAUUGCAGAUAUCCUGAAUGACGCUAUAUUUGAUGAAGACCAUGAUGAGAUGGUGAUUGUAAAGGACAUAGACAUGUUUUCAAUGUGUGAACAUCACUUAGUACCAUUUGUUGGAAAGGUUCAUAUAGGUUAUCUUCCUAACAAACAACUCCUUGGCCUCAGCAAGCUUGCCAGGAUUGUGGAAAUCUAUAGUAGGAGAUUACAAGUUCAAGAGAGACUUACAAAACAAAUUGCAGUAGCGGUCACAGAAGCCCUGCGGCCAGCUGGAGUUGGAGUGGUUGUUGAAGCUACACACAUGUGUAUGGUAAUGCGCGGAGUACAGAAAAUGAACAGCAAAACUGUCACCAGCACAAUGUUGGGUGUAUUCCGGGAAGAUCCAAAGACCCGGGAAGAAUUCCUAACACUCAUUAAGAAUUGAAUUGGAGACAUAUGAAAUAUGAUCUGAAGAUUGUACUGCUAGUGGCAUUGUCUGUUUGUAUAUUAUAUUUAAAGUGUUGCAGUAGUGAGAUCUUUUUUGUCAUUAACUGUCACUGGAAAAUAUUUAUAGGAAAUUAAAAAUUAUUAUAGGGAAGCCCUGUGGUUUAUCCUUGCCACCUUUUUAGCAGUAAUGGGGAAGAAAGUUGCCCAUUGAGUUUAAAAUUUAAAAAACUGUCACCCAAAAUAAACUGAGGAUACCAGGACUUAGAUGAGAAUUUAUUUUAUCAGAAUAGCCCGAUUAUUUAUGAUGCAAUAAACAUGAGCAUCAGGGAGGGAAUAUUGGGGGAAAUUAUAUUGAUCGUAGUAAGUUAAAAUGGUGCCAGUUCUCUAAGUGCUUAAAAAAAAUCUAAAUAUGCUGUGGCAUUGCUGUACUGAUUGACAACUCAGCAGUGCUCACUUUAUUGUGUCAAUUAACUUAUCAUUUAUAAUAAUCUAAAAAAAUCCUAUGUCUACUUAUUUUUGGCCAAGUUGUGCCUUUGGUCAUGAAUUGUUAAAAGAUCCAUACUUUGGACUUUAUUAUGAAUUAGUUAUAAAAACACAUUGCUAUCUAUUCUUUUAUUCAACAGCCGGGAAUUGUUUUCCUAGAAUUGUUUACGGAUAUAUUCUCAUGUCAACAUGCAGGGGUUUAUACAAUUUAACUCUCUGUGCCUUGCUGAGAAUAUCACAUUAUUUAGAUUAUAGUAAUAUUGAUUUUUUUUUUUUAGUGAGGCAAUUGGGGUUAAGUGACUUGCCCAGGGUCACACAGCUAGUAAGUGUUAAGUGUCUGAGGCCGGAUUUGAACUCAGUUACUCCUGAUUCCAGGGCCGGUGCUCUAUCCACUGCACCACCUAGCUGCCCCAGUAAUAUUGAUUUUUAAAUAAUUUUUAGUAAGAGAUUUAAUGUUAUUGAGGUUGCAAAUAAUAGUCUACACUGAUUUAUCUUUGGAAACUUUUUAGGAUUUAACUCAUAUGUUUCAUGUAGGAAACUCAAAACUCUUAUUUGACUACAGAUCAUUAAUUUCACAAAAUAUUUUUAUAAAUAUUUCCAGGAAACUUGAACUAUCCUCAUCUUUUCCAAGUCUACAGAAUCACAGACUCCAUGGACCCAAGACUUAUAGCUGCUUCAUUCAGCUGUGUUUUUAAGCCAUGACCAAUAUUCUAAUGAGUUUCUGUCAAUGGUCUUUGUAAAAGUGCUGGCAGAACUAUUACUACUCUUAGUCUGUAAUAUGUUGUCUUUAGUGUGGCUAAGAUGAGCCUAGCAAACUUUUGUUCCCUGUUUGGUGGAGGUUGUUUCAGCUAAGGGAAGUGUUCUUUUAUUAAUGGACGACUUGAAUUUAUAUCACGGGGGCCCAAAGUACAGAAAUUCUUUUGUUGAUGAUGAGCCAUUAUUGGAUUAUGGGUUUAAAAAUUAUAGGUUUUUGUGUCCUUUCUUGAGCUUACAUACGUGAUCUUCAAAUAUGUCCCAUUACUAAAAAGGAUUAACUUAUCGUGAUCUAAGAAUCAAUUUUAAAAACAAGUGUAUAGUUGUGUAUUGAACUUGUGUAUCCUUACAUACUAUAUUAUUCUGUUUCUGAUCUGUUUUGCUUUUGAGAAGGUAAGAUGAGAGAUUUUAAAAAAAAGAAUCUUUCUACUUCUAGUACUAAAAUAUAUUUCCUUCUUGACUUUGUUAUUUCUCUCAUUCAGUAUUUUGACCUAACCUUUUAAAAGUAGGAUUUUAAAGCCUCAAAAAUCAAGUCUGCGUUGUUUGAUAUUAUUUUAAAGCAAACACUGAUAUGAACUGGAGGACCAAAGAAAUCGUUAGCUGUAAAGUUCACCUUUCUGUAUUCAUUUGAACUUCAUUUUCCUUUUUGUUUAUGUCCUCUCUUAGAGAGUGUUCCUGCAGGGCCAUUGCAAAAAAACAAAACAAAACGAAAAAGAAGCCAUGGGCUAUUCCUAUCUCUCAGUAAUAAAGUAAAAAUGAUUAGCCUACUACCUGUCUGGUUUUUCCCAUGAGCUGACCUUUGAAUAUACCUCUUUGUUUCUCUUGGCCUUAGAUUGUGUUAUUGUUAGGAUUUUUAGAACUUGUUGCAUUUACUAUACUAUAUAUUUGAUUCAAAUGAAGCUUGUUUGGAUUUUAUGUAUUUGUGUAUAUGUUGUGUCCUAUUUAAAGUUGGUUCUAUUUAAAACAUUAAAGUAUUGCUACUCAAUUGC